AUGUCCGCCCCAUUGUAUCACUCAACGGGCCAGCCUGGCUACGACCCCUCCAACCCUCAGGCCCAGCAAUUUCCCCCUCACUCGACGCAGCCAUACCCUGCUGCUGCUGGUUAUUCCCAGAGCCCCCUUCCUCCCCCGCCAGGAAAUGGAUACGCAAACCCAGCUUCAAGUCAAUGGUCUGCUCAUGGCUCUCCCCAAACGCCAUUUCAAGGUCAAACUUCUGAUGCUGGGUACCAUGCCGCUCAACAAACACCUCCAAGCACUGGCGCCAACGCAGGCAUGGAAGGACUUGCGUCUCAGAUGGGUGGACUCGGGAUCGGCGUCGAGAGUACAUCCAGAGCGCAUCGAAAGAAGCAUCGCCAUGCCUAUCACGACAUAGGCUCUGGCUCUGGUGCUCCUGCCCAGAGCUUCAACGGCGCGAUGCCACCGGCGGCUGGUCCGCAAGCCGCUUCGCAGUUCUUGAACACCGGUCUCAAUCAAAACCCUGCGAUUUCCGCGCCGGCGGGAGUUCCUCAGCCUGCUCUUUCAAUGGGAGGAAUGACUUCACAACCUGGCAUGCCCGGUGGUGCGGGCUCUGUGCCCACCCAAGGUCGCAUUGACCCUGAACAGAUCCCAAGUAUCCCCCGAUCGCGAGACUUGCCUGCUCAGUACUACUUCAAUCAUGUUUACCCGACCAUGGACCGCCACCUCCCACCCCCCGCUGCAAUUCCUUUCGUAGCCCACGAUCAGGGCAACUCGUCGCCAAAGUACGCCCGUCUGACCCUGAACAACAUUCCCUCCACCUCCGAUUUUCUUUCCUCCACCGGUCUCCCGCUAGGAAUGGUUCUGCAGCCGCUCGCACCAUUGGACCCGGGUGAGCAGCCAAUUCCAGUACUGGAUUUUGGUGAUGCUGGUCCUCCACGUUGCCGUCGAUGCCGCACAUACAUUAACCCAUUUAUGUCUUUCCGGGCCGGUGGCAGCAAGUUCGUCUGCAACAUGUGCACAUUCCCCAACGAUACCCCUACCGAGUACUACGCACCUUUGGAUCCAAGCGGUGCACGGGUAGAUCGCAUGCAAAGACCUGAAUUGAUGAUGGGAACAGUCGAGUUUUUGGUGCCCAAGGAAUAUUGGAACAAAGAGCCUGUGGGUCUGCGGACAUUGAUCCUUAUUGACGUCAGCCGCGAGUCAAUACAGCGCGGAUACCUGAAGGGAGUCUGUGCUGGCAUUGCGGAUGCUUUGUAUGGCGAGGACAGGGAAGCGGAUGGCUCCGAAGGCGAUGAGACCAAGGCGCGCAAGUUGCCUCUGGGUGCAAAAGUCGGCAUUGUCACCUAUGACAAGGAAGUCCAAUUCUACAACCUCACCUCAACAUUGAAUCAAGCGCAAAUGAUGGUGAUGACCGACCUCGAAGAACCUUUCGUGCCUCUGAGUGAAGGCCUAUUUGUCGAUCCCUAUGAGUCAAAGUCCGUUAUUUUGUCUCUUUUGGAGCGGAUACCCACCAUGUUUUCGCAUGUCAAGAACACCGAGUCAGCAUUGCUUCCGACGCUGAAUGCAGCUCUCUCGGCGCUUCAGCCCACAGGAGGCAAGGUUGUCUGUGCCCUGGCGAGUCUGCCGACCUGGGGUCCCGGAAGAUUGUCUGAGCAGCGAGAUGACCGCAGUCUACACGGAACCGAUGGUGAACGCAAAUUGUACUCCACCGAAGACGCAGGAUGGAAGAAGAUUGCCAGCAAAAUGGCUGAGGCUGGAGUGGGUACAGACUUCUUCAUUGCGUCUCCUGGCGGUACCUAUAUGGAUCUGGCCACAAUUGGCCACGUUGCGGCCGUUACUGGUGGAGAGACUUUCUUUUAUCCCAACUACCACUCACCCCGCGACGUGCUCAAGGUCCGGAACGAGUUGGCCCAUGCCGUUACAAGGGAGACCGGCUACCAAUGCUUGAUGAAGGUUCGAUGCUCCAAUGGGCUUCAGGUGUCAUCAUAUCAUGGCAACUUUGUGCAGCACACAUUGGGUGCAGACCUCGAAAUUGGCAGCAUUGAUGCCGAGAAAGCCAUCGGGGUCUUGUUCAGCUACGAUGGAAAGCUUGAUCCUAAACUCGACGCUCAUUUCCAAGCGGCAUUGCUUUACACAUCUGCGGACGGUCAGCGUCGCGUGAGGUGUAUUAACGUUGUAGCGGCCGUCAAUGAAGGCGGCAUGGAGACCAUGAAAUUUGUUGACCAAGAUGCCAUCGUUUCUGUGAUUGCGAAAGAAGCCGCCUCAAAAACCCUUGACAAGAGCCUCAAGGACAUCCGCGCCAACAUUUCAGAAAAAACAGUUGAUAUCUUCAGCGGAUACCGCAAGAUGUUUUCUGGCUCCCACCCUCCUGGUCAACUGGUGCUACCAGAGAACCUCAAGGAGUUCUCCAUGUACAUGCUCAGCUUGGUCAAGUCCCGAGCCUUCAAAGGUGGCAACGAAUCGAUAGACCGUCGUGUCCACGACAUGCGCAUGAUCCGGUCAAUUGGCUGUACCGAAAUGUCUCUUUAUCUCUAUCCCCGUAUCGUCCCGAUUCACAACAUGCAACCCGAAGAUGGAUUCCCCAAUGAACACGGUCAGCUUCAGGUGCCCCCAGCUGUACGGGCAAGCUUCUCAAAGGUUGAAGAGGGCGGUGUCUAUUUGGUGGACAACGGCCAGGCUAUUUUGCUGUGGCUUCACGCCCAGGUGUCACCCAAUCUUUUAGAGGAUCUCUUUGGACCCGGCCACAACUCGCUUCAAGAGUUGAAUCCUAACAUGUCAUCACUGCCCGUCUUGGAGACUCACCUGAAUGCCCAAGUCCGGAAUCUACUGCAAUAUUUCUCUACUGUACGCGGUUCCAAGGCUGUGACGAUUCAGUUGGCCCGCCAGGGUCUCGAUGGGGCAGAAUACGAAUUUGCUCGACUGCUGCUGGAGGAUCGGAACAACGAGGCGCAGAGCUACGUGGACUGGCUGGUUCACAUUCAUCGGCAAAUCAAUUUGGAGUUGGCUGGGCACCGCAAGAAGGACGAGUCUAGUGGCGAAGGAACCUUGGCCAGUCUUUCGGCAAUGCGAUCACCCAUGUGGUAA